AUGAUGCUGCAAAUAUUCACGGAGGACUGUCGAUUUACUUCCAGAGUGACCCACCCUCCGGAUGAACACCUUGCUUACCUUGAAACGAAUUUCCCACUCAUUUGCGGAUAUGCCAAAAGGUCCGGCCAUCUCCCAAGUUAUCUCAGUCUUAAGACAUGUUAUGAGGUAUCGGGCAAGUUGCUCCAGGCUGCUUAUACGGUGCCACCUUCUGCGCAAGCUAUCAGGUCUAUUUCUAAAGAUGUUGAGACGGUUUGGAAGAUUGGCACAGUCAUGGGUGGUGGUCCCCAGUUCCAGGCCUGGGUCACCACGGCUGCUGCCGAAGCAGGCUCGGAGCCAGCACUCCUCUACAUCGCAGCAUUGUCUGUUCAAAAAUCCUUUGUGCCCCCAUCGAACCCUGUCUUCAAACGGCUCGAAUACCUAGCUAUAGAGAAGGAACUCCCCAGCGCGAUUAUUUUGCAGGCCAAAGUACUUGGUUUGCGUGGACAGUUUGCCGAAGGUGUGGCCCUAAUCGAGAAGGUGAUGGAGGAGAUUUAUCCGACGAGGCUUCCACCCAGUCCGGCGGAUGACAUUUUACUAGGCGGGCAAAUCCCGCCACCCUGGGAGGUCUACGCAUGGUUGAGGGAGAGCUUAGGUGACCAUAGUGCAACGGAUGAGAUUGUCAAGGUCGCCGCGUUGAACUACCAGGAUCCCCAGGCGUUGAUAAGAUAUGCUCAAAUCAGGAAACUUGCAGGCGACUUGGAAAUGUACGAAGAAUGCAUGAGCCGAGCCGCCAGGGCGGGAAAUGUCGAAGCGUGUCGAAAACUGGCUAAUUUCUAUUAUCUUACUUUCCACGGACGCUUCCCUAGGCGCGGAGAAAGAAUACAGGAUAAGCCAGUACAAGAAGAAACACAGGCAAAUCCGAAUGCGGAGGAUACAGGGAAGACGAAGAAAACAAAGAGAAAAGAGGCACGGCAACAGCAGCCCAAGAGGCCAGCAUCACCCGCACCGCCAGAAAAUGCAACAGAAAAUAACCUGACAACUAUUUAUAACAAUCUCCGGGACCGCGUCUUACAUCUCCUCGGUCGAUGCCAUCCCCCAGAACACUACAGCAUGCUAGCCUACAAUUGGUACCAGCUGGCCGCCUUCAACCACUGUCCUAAGGCGGCCUUUGUUUACGCCAUUCUUUGCCGCGAACGUGAAGACAACUUGGUUGAGGGAUUUGAACUUCUCCAAGUGGCAUUUCAAGAAGACAGCCUGAGGGCCAAGGCGAAGGAGUUAAUGGACAAAUGGGAAGAUGAGAGCUAUGAGCCUAAGAUUCCCGUGAAAUUGUUGGAUACCUGA